GCGCGAUGCUGCGGUCGACGCUCCGCCUUUGGGCUGUGUCGCGACGCGUCCGCUUGGCCUCCGCCGCUUCCACCGCCUCCAUGUCGACGCUGCUGAUCAGCCAAGGCCGCUACUCGUGGCUCCAGGAGCUGGGCCUUCGCGAGGAGAACGAGGGCGUCUACAAUGGCUCCUGGGGAGGCCGAGGAGAGGUAGUGACGACAUAUUGCCCUGCAAACAAUCAGCCAAUUGCCAGAGUUCGUCAGGCUAGUAUGGAAGACUACGAAGAAACAAUAAAGAAAGCUAAAGAAGCCUGGAAAGUAUGGGCAGAGGUUCCUGCACCCAAACGAGGAGAAAUUGUGAGACAGAUUGGUGAUGCCCUGAGACAGAAAAUCAACGUUUUGGGAAAUCUGGUUUCUUUGGAGAUGGGGAAGAUUUCUGCUGAGAGUGUUGGCGAAGUCCAAGAAUAUGUGGAUGUCUGCGACUAUGCAGUUGGCCUAUCCCGGAUGAUUGGUGGACCUGUCUUGCCUUCGGAAAGGCCUGGGCAUGCCUUAAUAGAACAAUGGAAUCCUGUGGGGUUAGUAGGAAUCAUCACAGCUUUCAACUUUCCUGUAGCAGUUUAUGGCUGGAACAACGCAAUUGCAAUGGUCUGUGGCAACGUCUGCCUCUGGAAAGGUGCCCCCACAACAUCUCUCGUUAGUGUCGCCGUUACAAAAAUACUUGCCCAGGUUCUUGAGGAUAACAAACUGCCUGGUGCUAUCUGCUCUCUGGUCUGUGGUGGAGCAGAUAUUGGAAAAGCGAUGGCAAAGGAUGAAAGAGUGGAUCUCUUGUCCUUCACUGGCAGCACCAAUGUGGGCAAGCAGGUAUCGAUGGCGGUUCAGGAGAGAUUUGGACGGUCUCUGUUGGAGCUUGGUGGAAACAACGCUAUUAUCGUCUUUGAUGAUGCCGACCUUCACCUGGUCAUUCCGUCGGCCCUCUUCGCGGCUGUGGGGACAGCAGGCCAGAGAUGCACGACUGCCAGGAGGCUGUUUUUGCAUGAAAGCAUCCACGAUGAAGUGGUGGAGAAACUUGUAAAGGCGUACGCACAAGUCCGUAUUGGAGAUCCUUGGGACGCAAACACCCUCUAUGGCCCUCUGCACACCGAGCAAGCGGUGAAGUUGUAUGUUGAUGCUGUGGCACAAGCCAAACAGCAAGGCGGCUCUGUGGUCUAUGGUGGGAAGGUUAUAGAUCAUCCCGGAAACUAUGUUGAGCCAACCAUUGUGACCGGCCUUCCACAUAACGCUCCGAUUGUGCAGACGGAGACGUUUGUCCCUAUUUUGUACGUGGUGAAAUUUAAGACGGAAGAAGAAGCCUUCGCAUGGAACAACGAAGUAAAACAAGGUCUCUCCAGCAGCAUCUUUACCAAAGAUUUGGGCAGGAUAUUCCGGUGGCUUGGGCCAAAGGGAUCAGACUGCGGCAUUGUAAACGUCAAUAUUCCAACUAGUGGGGCUGAAAUUGGAGGUGCCUUUGGUGGCAAUAAGCACACUGGAGGCGGAAGGGAAUCUGGCAGCGAUUCGUGGAAGCAAUAUAUGAGACGAGCCACUUGCACCAUCAAUUACAGCAAGGAUUUGCCUUUGGCUCAAGGAAUCAAGUUUCAAUAGCAUCCUUGCAAAUGUGCUACCCUGGCUGAAUUUUGCCUUGAAGAAUCAAGUCCCUGUUGAUUUGAAAUGUUGGGCGGAACUCCCUGAAAUCAUGUGGCAUUGAGGAGACUUUGACUGCUCCAGUGUCCCCGGGGACAUACCGAGAGUACCCUCGCGGCCCCUGGCCGGUCCCAAAUCCCUUUGCCGCGAUAGCCGCAUUAAAAAUGACUUCAUUUUAUGGAACCCAAGUACUCGAAGGGUCUGGAGAGGAGGAAGGCUGAAAAAAGCUGUCUUUGUGCUGCAGUGUGAGGAGGACGGGAACAUUCUCCUGCGUCUGAUCUCUCGGUGCAUCACAACACAAA